GCUUGGGUUGGGAUAUUUUUAGUGGUGUUGGUGGCCAUUCUUUAAUCUACAGCUCGGUGAGAACGGCGCAAAGCUGCCGGGUGUUCAUCUGUCUGGCACGGAGGAAGCCGAUAGUGGUAUCUGGCAAUCGCUGUGGGAAGACUGUGCGGGAAACACCCACAUGGUGUAAACUCUUCCACGCAGUUGGAGAAAAUAACAAACGAUAGUCCGGCUGCAAGCAAGCGCCGCAUCCAGCGGCGCCGGCACUGGCCCUGGCGUGGGCUUUUGUGCCUGGCCUGGCCCUUGCCCUUUGAGGCUGCUCGUGAGCAUCUCCCCAAAAUGCAUCGCUGCUCAGUGCUGCAGCUGUGCCUGGUCGGCGCUUGGCUUGUGUCCUCGCCGGUCGCUAUAACCAUGGAGAACCUGUCUAAUGCCAACAGCAGAUUUGCACUUGAUCUCUUCAGAAGGUUCAGUGAGGCCAACCCAACAGAAAAUGUAUUCUUUUCUCCUGUCAGUAUCUCUGCUGCUCUGGCCAUGGUCCUUUUGGGGGCCAAAGGUAAUACGGAAGCCCAGAUGUUGAAGACUCUUCAUCUUGACGAAGUUGCAGAUGUUCAUUCAAGAUUCCAGGCUCUGACAACGGACAUAAACAGAAGCAAUGCUCCCUAUCUCUUACGGCUGGCCAGCAGGCUCUUUGGACAGAAGUCCUACAGCUUUCUGCCGGAUUUCCUGACUAAUACACGGAAAUUAUAUGGAGCUGAUUUGGCUACAGUUGAUUUUCUUCAGGAUUCUGAUAAAGCCAGGAAGGAAAUUAACCAGUGGGUUGAGGAGAAAACUGAAGGCAAAAUCCCCAAUCUGCUGCCUGAAGACUCAGUUGAUAGCCUGACCAAGCUGGUUCUGGUGAAUGCUAUUUAUUUCAAAGCAAACUGGGCAAAGAAAUUUCAAGAAGCUGACACCACUGAUGCACCAUUUCGGUUAAACAAGAAUGAAAGAAAGACAGUAAAAAUGAUGUAUCAGAAAAAUAAAUUUAAUUUUGGAUACAUCCCCGAAGAGAAGAUCCGUAUUUUAGAGCUGCCUUAUGAUGGAAGAGAACUUAGUAUGAUCAUCCUGUUACCUGAUGACACUGAAGAGGACUCCACUGGACUGCAGAAGAUGGAAAAGCAGCUUACCUUAGAGAAGCUCCAGAGCUGGGCAGAGCAUCUGUAUUCCGCUGAUGUUCACGUGCGUUUGCCAAAGUUUAAGCUGGCAGAAAGCUAUGACCUGAAAUCAGAUUUAGCUGCUAUGGGCUUGCUGGAUGUGUUUAACAGUGGCAAGGCUGACUUGUCGGGAAUGUCAGGGACACGUGACCUUUUCCUCUCUAAAGUUGUCCACAAGGCUUUUGUGGAAGUGAAUGAGGAGGGCACGGAAGCUGCAGCUGCCACUGCUGCUGGCAUUGCUUUACUCUGCAUGCCCAUAGAAGAGGAUUUCAAUGCUGACCAUCCUUUCCUUUUCUUUAUUCGCCACAACCCAACACAAAGCAUACUUUUCUUGGGCAGAUAUGCUUCCCCAUAAAAGAAAACUAAGCAUUUGCAGCAGUUCCUGCUGUUGUUAAUGAAAGCUUUGUUCCUGAAUGAGUUAAUCCUUCUGUCAUGAGUUCCUAGUAAUUUGACUUCUGCCUUUCCAUUAAAACAACCCGAGGGAAAAUGAGGAGUAAUUUAUUUUUCUUUCUUGAGGUUGACACAAUCUUUAAUUGAACAAGGAAAAUCUUGGAGUAGAAAUAAAUUUUCUUGGAAGAAAUGCAUGUCUCUUAAAGCACAGUAUCACUCUUUAUGCAUCUUCACAUGGGUUUUCCUGUGUUGACAGCUCAACAUCGUGAUAACCAGUCACUCCUUAAUAAUCCAAUCACUCCUUAUGCAAAAAUACUAGGCUGUUCUUGCAAAGCUAUUCCUCCCCUAAAGUCCUGCUUUAUAAGAAUACUGUAAUAAAAUUGUUCUAGGCACCAAAGGGCACGUCUCAAACAGCUGGGUUUACCCAGUUCUGUCAUGAAAUAGAAGGUCAGAUAACAUUUGUUUAGAGACAUCUAUUAAUAGAGAAAGGAUUAUGCUAUUUAAACAAAAGUAACCCCUCAAAGCUAGUAGCCAGAAAAAUUGCAACACAGCUUUUGAAUGAGGAAAAAAAAUGAGUAAGAACUUUAGGUGACAUGUUUAAAGAGGAUUUUAAAAAUUUACAUCAAAUGUUACAAGAAAAUGUUUCAGGGAUUAGAGGUUUUAGGUGCCUUUUCUAAAGUUCAGAAGCUGCCAAUAUGACAUUAGGUUCUGGCCAGAGCUUUUGUCAUUCCCAAAAGAUACUUCAGCUUCCCAGAGGAGGACUGAGCAUAAUCUGCAAGAAAUAUCUGAUGUAUUUCUCUUUAUGUACAAGGAUUCUACAUUAACUACCUCUUGAUGCACAAACCUCUGAUACUGUACCACAGCCUUAUUCCUGGUAGCCAAUGUAAUUACAUACUGUCAUGUUCUGUGUUUGUUUUUGGAGGUUAUUUGCUUGUAUCUUGGGUACUGUAACAUUUACCUGUACAAGCUCAGCUCUAAAUGGGGCACUAUACUUUAUAUAAUUGCAAACUGUGUUUUAAUCUUGU